GAAGGAGGCCGGAAAGACCGUUUUGUUGCUACAUUUUUGCAGAGGACAGGACUGCUCUUUGGGGUCUGAGAAGACCAUUUGCAAACCUCCUCGGGUCCCUUGGACUCGGCCGCUCUGGGGCCGCUCGCUCGCCCGCAGCCUGCCGCAGGGAGGCCCCGGCGCCCGCAGGUGGCGCCCCACGUCCGUGCUUGCGCUUCUCGCCCGCGCUCCGGGCGCAGCUGGGAAACCGGCGCGUCUCCCCAGGUCGUUAGAGCUCAGAGUAGGCAUUUUAAUAAAUAAGCGCGUGUGCCAGUGCGCUCCAGGAGCCCCGAGGUUCAGAGGAGCAGAAACAUAAACCCAGGCGGAGCCGCCUCUUUUAAUCCCUGCCAAAAUCUGCUAUUUCCCAAACUGGCGAUUCCGGAACCACAGCCUUUAAGCCAUUAAAAUCCCAAGCUUUUUCUCUCCAUUUCAGUCCUUUUAUUUUUAUUUAUUUAUUUUUUAAAUUAAUUAAUUAAUUUAUUUAUUUUAAGAAAAACUGCCUUACCCCUUAAUUAUGAAAGUAGUCACGCUAUUCAGGAUUAAGACUUGGAGGGAAUUUGGAAAAGAAAAGAAAGAAUCGAAAAGAAGAGCGACCGGUGCUUUGAGGGUGCCUAAUUAUUAAAAACGAGGCAUCUGGGAGGAAUUCGCUCUGGGUGUUUGGAACAACUUCGCGGACAGCGCUGCUCGCUCAUCAUGGAUGUUCCAGGUCCGCUGGCGCCUUUCUUCUGAGGACGACCCUGGCCUUGACCAUCAGAGCAGGGGACCGAGGCCAAAGGAGGCUUCCCCAGGCCCCGCGCAGUCCUGCGCGCCCUCCCGGGCUCCUCCGGCCGCUGUCCAACGUCGCCCUCGCGCGCCGCCCCCACCAGCUCGGAUGCCGGCGCCCGGCCGGGGCCCCCGUGGGCCGCCGCUGACCAUGCCCGGGCGCCGGGGGGCGCUGCGCGAGCCGGCUGGCUGCGGCUCCUGCCUGGGGGUGGCGCUGGCCCUGCUGCUGCUGCUGCUGCCUGCCGGCUGCCCGGUGCGGGCGCAGAACGACACGGAGCCCAUUGUGCUGGAGGGCAAGUGCCUGGUGGUGUGCGAUUCGAGCCCGUCGGCGGACGGCGCGGUCACCUCCUCCCUGGGCAUCUCCGUGCGCUCCGGCAGCGCCAAGGUGGCCUUCUCCGCCACGCGGAGCACCAACCACGAGCCGUCCGAGAUGAGCAACCGCACCAUGACCAUCUACUUCGACCAGGUAUUAGUAAAUGUUGGCAACCAUUUCGAUCUUGCCUCCAGUAUAUUUGUAGCACCGAGAAAAGGGAUUUAUAGCUUCAGCUUCCACGUGGUCAAAGUGUACAACAGACAGACCAUCCAGGUCAGUUUAAUGCAGAACGGCUACCCGGUGAUCUCAGCCUUUGCAGGAGACCAGGACGUGACCAGAGAAGCUGCCAGCAACGGUGUCCUACUGCUGAUGGAAAGGGAGGACAAAGUGCAUCUCAAACUGGAGAGGGGGAACCUCAUGGGAGGCUGGAAGUACUCCACGUUCUCGGGCUUCUUGGUUUUUCCUCUAUAAACACAGAGUCCCCAGUCGGUGGGGAAGUUGCGAUCUGGACACCGGACUCCGCCCUUCCUCAACACCCUGAACUUGCCAGAAUAGGACCACUAAUUUCCCACUUCCAUCAGACUGUUGAAGAAUGAUUUCCUUCCAAAUCUCCAGUAUUUUCUUUGACUAUAGACCAUUCCUUGGGAACCUGGCUUCUAAUUAGUUUUAGACGACAAGGUCUGAAGGAGAAAUGAAAUUAUUGAUUUGAGCGAUUUGUACCUGUGAUUGUAAAGUCAAUAUUGGAUCUUAUUGUGGGGACUAUGGGCUUUUCUUCUUUUGUUUGUCCCUUGUAUUGUUGACCCCACACGAGGAGUGCCGCUGACCCCAGGAUGGAUGGCAGGUCGCAGGCAGAGCUCAGAGCAGGAGCCCUGCAAAUCACAACCCGCUGGAGAGUCCUUGAAAUGCGUUCUUUGUGUGUCUGUUCAGCGUUAAGAAAAAGAAUGGCUUCACUUUCAUUCUGUAUUUUCCCCUGGGUGGAUGGGAGGCCUCGGGAGGGGGAAGGGGACAUUGUGAAUCUGUGAAGAAGUGCUUUAUCCGGAGAAGCAAAUUUUGCAGGAUUGGACUGGACUGCGACUUUUGCUUUGUGGUGUGUGUGUGUGUGUGUGUGUGUGUGUGUGUUUGUUUAUAUUUUGUUUUUUGUUUUUUCCUGGAGAAGUUUUACUUUUCUUUCCACAUUCACCUCUCCCUCCUUACCCCGACUCCUAUUUUAUUUUGUGCUGGGAUGGGGGAGAGAAAUGUAUGUUGAAUUCCUGAACGAGACCAAACAAAACAGCACAAAGCAUACCUAUGUAUUUUGUUUUGGUUGAGACCAAACCAAGCAGAAGGUACGUGUAUAUCAAAGUACAAAUAACAGAUGGACGAUUCUGUUUCUUCUCUCCAAGAAAUUCUCUCAGAUGCACCUUUAGAACUAACAAGUUGGGAUUUUCUUGUUUGUUUCUUGUUUCUUUUUGUUGUUUUUUUUUAACGCUCUGGAAUACUUUAAAAACUUGAUGCUCCUGGGUGGCCUGAAUCAUGUCAGAUGAGGACGGAAGCUGGAAUGACCAAGUCUCCUGAACACAUGCUUCCGUGGCCCAGUGUGCCUAGGUCUUCCCAGCAGCCCGUCCUCAUCUAUCUGCAUCCACGUCUGUGCCGGCACCCCAGCCUCAGGUGCUCCAAAGCCAACAGGAUGAGUCAGUCUCCCUCAGGAUCCUCCUCUGAUCGGCGAAGGAAAGAGGCGUGUUCAUACUCCCUGCAAACACCUGGCGAGAAGCCACCUACAAGUCACGCUUACAAGUAUUGGCAGAGGCACCCUGGGAGCAGUGGUGCAAAUCCUUCUUGUCUUGGCCCCUUGUACAACAAUAGGAUCACAAUGCAGCUGGGAGCCGAUGGGUGCAGGAGUCCCAUGCCAAGGAAACGUUACUAAAUCCCAAAGCAAUCGAAGAAGAGACCUCACAGCGGAUGUUAAUUUGUCCUUUGUGUCACAAUGUAACCAAAAUAUUGAUGAUAAAAAGUCAUAAUUUAAGAUUCAGAAUAAAUGGGUUUGAUGUCUGGCUUGUUCUUCUCCCUUCACAUCGUCUCCCAACUCCUACAAGGUGUGGAAGUAAAAAGCCAAGGACCAAGGACUCGGGGAAAGGAGAUCCACACCGUGCCUCUUGAAAACAUACACUCAGAUGCACACUCCUGUUUGCAGACCUAGCGAUGGGUCUAGGUGGAAAUUGCACACUUAAAUACACUUCAAUUUAUAUAUGUGUGUGUAUAU